AGGCACAUUAUGAGUAACACGGAAUACGGAACCUCUGAAACUUAAACGGAACCUCUGAAACUUAAACGAAGUGUCUACAGACAAAUAGUGCGGGAGAUGUACGUCCAACUGGCAUGUCACAUGACCGCCAACAACUAGUAGGUGUUAUUAUUCCUGCACGUCAUGUGACAAGUGUCACGGGCAAAAUAGUUGCUUUGCAUUUGAUAUUCCGAUCCCUAGAUAAUAAAUAAAUGGUGAACAUGUUAAUAUAUUCAAUUGCUCUGAGAUACAUAAAGUGCUUUCAUCUUGGUUUUUAAAGCAUUUUUGGGGGUUUGGUGGGGCAUCCAUUUAGACAAGAAGAUAGACAUGUAAUUUUGCUCACUGGAUGUCUUUUUCAAACAAUGAAACAUGUCAGGCCUCUUUAUUAUUUAAAAAAAAAUUAACAGUUUCUUAGCCAGCAGUUAACCCUUGCAGAGAAGAACUUUCAGGAGUUUCAGGAAUCUUCCUUAGUUAUAAUUAAGUCAUAAUGUCAAUGGGACUUCAUCUGCAAUAUUUUAUGACAUAGCCGUAAACCAUGUAGUUAACAAGUCACAUCUGCUCAAAGUGCCUGGAUUGUGUUGGUUUUUUCUUGGGAACGGAAUGUGUCAAGUAUCACAGUGCUGUGUCUAUCAUAACUUACUUAUAUAAUAGCAGUGUCUGUGCUGCCAAAGCUUUUAUAUAUAAUUUGGGAGUAGGACCUUCAUGUAACACAGUGGUUCUCAACCUCCCUAAAGCCGAGGCCCCUUUAUUACAGUUCAUGUUGUGGCGAACCCCAACCACUAAAUUAUCUUUGUUGCAACUUCAUAACUGUAGAGUAUAUGUGUUUUCCGAUGGUCUUAGGCGACCCUUGUGAAAGGGUCGUUGGCCCUCCAAAGGGGUUGCGACCCACAGGUUGAGAACCGCUGAUGUAAAACUUGUCAGGAGUAGGCCCCAAUAUUAAAAAUGACUAUACUUAUAUAAUUAUAAUUGUACUUAAACAUUUCAAUAAAGAUUAAUCGUAGUAACAUGCCAUAGUGACUUUCUGGUUAUUAUUAUAAAUCUACAAAUCUAUUACGCUUAUGGGCGUUAAAGCUCACAGUCAGUGAAUAACCAUAUAGUUACAUGUUUUUGUUUGUUUAACCGGUUUUAUUUAUUCACAGUAACCUUUUGAAGCAAGCUUAAUAAACUUGGUGAAGAUAAGAACCAUGAAGAAAAGACACAUGGAUUCAUGUUUGCUUGGCAUAUUAGCUUUUGCUUUCAUAUCAGCAGUUUCAGGUACGUUUCUGUCAUAAAUUUAUACACCUCAGCGUCUCAGCAUAAUUGUGUGACAUUUUUUAUUUGCUUUCCAUGUUCUUAAUAUAAGUGGUGGUACAAGAACUCACGAACAUUUCCUUAAAUAUAAUUUAUACAUGUGUGAUUAUUUUCAGGUCGCUUGGCUGUCAUGUCUAUUGAUCUUGGUGGAGAAUACUUCAAAGUAGCAAUAGUAAAGGUAUUAUAAAUAUAUCAUUUGUUAUUCCCUAACCAAUGUUCCAAUUUCCUGUGAAGAUUUUAUUUAUAUUUAUUUUAUUUGUCCUUAGACAAGCUACUAAAAAAAUAUACAGUUGACGUGACUUGCAAGUUUUUGGAUUAAAAAAAAUAUGUAUUCUCUGCUAAAAUAAAGAUCCAUCGCAAUAUUUUUACUAAUGAUUUCACUUUAUGAUUUGUUAAUACGGUUGAAUUAAACUUUCCCAUGCAGAACUGACAAAAGAAGGUGUCACUAUCUAGUUUAAAAGCAUCUUCUACUUACCUUUGAAUUAUCUUUUUUAUUCUUCUAUCAGCCAGGUGUUCCAAUGGAAGUAGCUCUGAACAAGUAAGUUCUAGAUUUUUUAGAGUAUCGUUUGUUAGUUGUUUUACUUGCAUUUAAUGAACUGAAUGAUAAAUGUGUAACUAUCAUGAUGAGUAUUGAGAUCCAACUCCUAUUUUCACAUGAGGAUUUCAUUUUCUGAUUUGUUAAUUAUUUUUGUAUGUCCAAUGAUUCAAUUUUCAUAAUCCAAAUCUAAUUUUAACCUGUUAAUAACAUGUACUAGGUAUAGGUCAAAUGUUCAAUAAAAAAAAUGUGUAUUUUCUUGUAUGUGGUGUUUCAGAAUUUAUUAAAUAUUAUUAGUAAAUGAUGUGGUGGGUGUGCAUUUUUACUAUUGAUGAUAGAUAUUGUAUCAUGAAACUAUGUUUUUUUUCCAUUUAUUAAAAACAUUUUAUAUCAGGCAUUUCAUUAUUAAUUUGAUUGGAUUUUAUUAUCUUUGAAGGUUCAAUUAGUUAUUGUAAAGCUUAACUUAACAAUAAGUAGGGUGUGCCGGUUCCGCCGGAUUUACAUGUAUCCGGAAUAUACCGGAUUUCGGAAUUUGACAGAUUUUGUGACUCACUGGAUCAUAAUCUGAAAUAAAUUUAUUUCAAAGUUCUUUACUUCCAACUUCCAAUCAGCCAAUGUCAUUUAGCCAUUUAGGCCAACUGUUCAGAAGGCAUCAAACCCCUCAGAUUUACCGGUAUCUGCAAAGUACCGGAAUAAUCCGGAUCCGGCGGAUUUCGCAUAAGAAAAUCCGGAUCCAGUUGGAAAAAACAGAUCCGGCACACCCCCAACAAUAAGUGUCUGCUGUGGUGUACUAUGAUUUUCAUACAGAAACAGUGUAUGAUUCAUUUUUAUGUGGAGUGUUCCUAGUGUAUUUAAAAUGUACUGUCCUUCUAGACAUUUAAAGAUGUCAUGACUUAUGAUGAUUUAUUGAGAUCCAACUCUUACAUCACAAUGAAGAUUUCAUUUUCUGAUCACAUUUUCCAGUGCAUCAUUCUUUUUCUCUAUUAAACUGUGAAGAAUCUUAUGCUCAACUAAAAAUAUUUUCUUUUAGGGAGUCAAGCAGGAAAACACCAACACUUGUUGCUUUUAGGGAUGGAGAGAGACAUUUUGCCAGUGAAGCUCAAACUACGGUUAGUACAGCUCUUAAAAUUUUCGUAUAAUGAACAUUUUAUGAGACAAAAAGGUUUAUUGUCUCAUAAUUAUUUUUAUAUGCUUUAAGCACAAAUAUUUUUUUUAUGGAAUCUACAAAAAUAAAAUAAAUUAAAGUUACUGCGUCAAAAUAAAAUAAAGUUGCUGCAUUGGGAUCUCACAAACCCAGAUGUAGCAUGUUAAGUUUGUUGUUUGUUCACCUAUCCACAUCUGGAUUAUUUUUCAAACUAAUUUUAUUAUUUUUGAAGAUUUGUUAUAACAUUUAAUUUUUUAAAACUCCUGCAGGCUCUGAAGUUUCCACAGAAAGCAUUUGGAUACCUCAUGCAAAUUAUUGGCAGACAAUUUGAUGACCCGCAGGUGGAGCUUUUCAGACAAAGGUUUCCCUAUUACGACAUGUUGAAAGAUGAGGAGAGGGGGACUAUCCUAUUCAGGGUUGAUGAGUAUGUGUUGGAUUAUAUUGUUCUAGUUGUGGCUAUAGAGAUGCUGUUAAAAAUUAUAUAUUGCAGAAAUUAUUAACAAAAAAUUAAUGUAAAGAAGUAAAACAGAUAAUCUCUAGUAGAUUUAAAAAUAUGAUGGUGGCAGUGAGCAAAUUCUUUAAUUUUCUUGGUUCUACUUCCAACCUUUAAGUUUACAAUUUAAUGUCAUAGAUUUUGAAGAGACUCCUGGCAUUACAUGUUGCUCUAGCUUGUUCACAAUACGAAAUGAUGAAUGCUCAUUCCUUUCUAUUUAGCACUAGAACUGUCAUCAUGGCAAAUGAUUGGUUGUUAUACCCCUUUCUUUGGUGAAAUCACCUUUAAAGAUGUAAAUGAUUUAUAUACAUUUGUUAUCCCUUUAUAAGUUGCCUGUUUGCUUCCUAUUUUCUUUUCUAUCCGUGUGUAAAUGUGCAAUUUUAUCUGGGCUUGUUUUGUGAUUAAUCAGUGAAUUUUGCUAAUUUUUUUUGGUUGCUGUUAUGUCUAAUGCUGGAGAUGUUUUAGAUUGCAUAAUCAACACAGACUUUCUUUAUUGCAUUAAUUUCUUUUAUCUGCAAAACCUGAUGUAAUGAUAGAUAAAUAAAAAUAGUGAGAUUAGGGUGGGUUGAAGUUGGAUAUAGAAGUUGAGUAGUAAUUUUACCCACGCUGUCAAGGUGAUAUCAACAUACAUAAUAGAGAAACAUAUUAUUUUCAUACCAUAAGAUACCUUGUCCAAGGUACUUGCAGAAAAUGUAUACUUGUUAGGGUCUCUUACCUCUUUUAGUAUGGGAUUUUGUCAUUUUUGACAAACAUGAAAAUUUUAAUACAUUAGAGAAAUAUGCAUUUGAUAGUACUGGGAUUAAAUGUAUUUGUUUGACUUAAUUAUUGUUGAUAAUACAUUAUAGAAACCUCUGUAUUUUAGAGAUGAGCUGAACCGAAAUAAUACAUUUGUUGUAAAAUAUCCCAUUGGAUAGUUUAUAAUUUUGAUUAUUUCUACCUCACUUUAGUGAAACCAUCUACAGUGUUGAAGAACUGUUGGCUAUGAUCUUAGAGAAGGCUAAAGAAUAUGCUCAAGACUUUGCUGGUAUUUUUUUUUUUUUUUUGUAGACAUUCAUUAUGCCUGAUUUUACCUUGCUGUCAUUUUUGUGCUGCUAGAAUAAAUUUUAAUUAAUUAAUAUAUUUUUAAUUAAUAACCAGCUUGUUUUAUUUUUUUAUUAUUUAGUGAAACCAUCUACAGUGUUGAAGAACUGUUGGCUAUGAUCUUAGAGAAGGCUAAAGAAUAUGCUCAAGACUUUGCUGGUAUUUUUUUUUUUUUUUGUAGACAUUCAUUAUGCCUGAUUUUACCUUGCUGUCAUUUGUGUGCUGCUAGAAUAAAUUUUUAAUUAAUUAAUAUAUUUUUAAAUAAUAACCAGCUUGUUUUAUUUCUUCAUUUUUUAAGAUAAUUUUUCUUGAUUGAAUUUUCAUACUUUUUAAUAUUUAGUAACGUCAACAUAGUAACUAUGGGUCUUGUACAUAUCCGAAAUAAAUAAGAUGCGCUUAUGGAGCUGAAUUUUGUAGCUAAACUUGAACAUUAAAAUUGUGUAUUUUAAGUUCUGCAUUGAUUUGUUUCAUGAAAUCCUAGAACAAGAGAUAAAAGAUGCAGUGAUCACAGUACCUCCAUUCUACAACCAGGCAGAAAGAAGGGCUGUGAUUGCAGCUGCUAAGUUGGUGGGGAUAAAUGUUUUGCAACUGAUGAGUGAUAAUGCUGCAGGUAAAUAAAUAAUUUUCGCUAUCACUAGACUUAAUUAUUUAUUCAACUUGAUGAGUUGUUUUAUAUAAAGCUGAAAUUCAGCUGAUUCAUUGCCUGUUUAGUGGAUAUGUUACUUUUUAUUGAAAUAUAUAUUUUACAGCACUUUGUUAGACUUUAAACUUGCACCACUAUUAUUUGAUUAAUUUAAGAGUUCAAAUACACAUAACGCCUGCUUAAAAUAGUAUACAUUUCUUUACCUUGUAGUUGCCUUAAAUUAUGGAGUUUUCCGUCGCAAAAACUUCAACAGUACUACUCAAUACUAUAUGUUCUAUGACAUGGGCUCUACUAGUACCACAGCAACAAUUGUUGGUAAGUGAAAUCAAUAAUUUCAAUUUAUGAUACAAUGUUUAUAUUGUUAUGUAACUCUUGUUGCUAGGUUUCAAUGUUGUGAUGUCAGGAGAUUAAAUUGCAAUGCAACUCUAUCCUAGGUUACAAUGUGGUGAAGUCAAAAGAGGGAACUCGCCUUGAGUCUAACCCACAGCUGACUGUAAGAGGAAUAGGGUAAGCUGUUUUUUAUUUUUGAUUAUCUUUUGCUAUAUUUUGAGACCCCAGGAUCAUUCUGGCUCCUGGCAGAGCUUAGGAGGAGCAGACACUUCAACGUUUUAUAUAUGAAACGCUCUCAGAAACAACCAGACGCUGGAGUCCUUUAAAACCGAGUUAAAGACACAUCUAUUUCCCAAACACCUUCUGGAAUGAUUGUCUACCAUAUUUUCCCAUUAAUGCACAAUGGCUGUGUUGCUUAGGGUUGAAAUGGGUAGAAAGACUUUGACAUUGUAUGCUUGUAAUUAGUUUUUGUAGUGUUGCGUCUGUUUUAAACGUGGUAAAUUAUAGAUUUUUUUUAUUUUUUUUAUUUUUUAAAUUUUUUUUGACUUUGUAAUUAAAAAAAGUAUUCAGAAUCCAAGAUAAUCUUUAAACAUUCCCAACCAAAUGGCAAUUAAUUGGUUGAUUUGCUUUUUUAAAAUUUUUUUAUGAAAAGUGUAUUGUAUUAAUCUGGUUUUUACUCGUAAAUUCCUCCCAUUUAUUUUAUCUUACUUUGUUUUCAAUAGAUUCGACCGCAGUUUGGGUGGUCUUGAGUUUACCCUGAGGCUGCGUGGUCAUUUGGCCAAGUUGUUCAAUGAACAGAAGAAAACAAAGCUUCAAGUUGAAGAAAACAGCCGGGCUAUGGCUAAACUCUUGAAGGAGGCAGAGAGGGUGAAGAAAGUUCUCAGUGCCAAUGCUGACCAUACUGCCCAAGUAAGUAAUACUUACAAACGACUAUGAGGUUUUUCAAACUGACAAUAAGACUUCAUCAAAUAUAUUAUUAAAUACAGUAUUCUGAAAUUGGGCUUUUAGGUGUUGGAAAAUGCUAGUCAUACUGUGUUCUCUAAGCUUAUCAUUACAUUUAUUAUAAUAUAUAAUAAUUAGUGCCAGCCAGUGUAGUGAUGUCACAUAAUCAGGGAUCUGCCCGUAACCUUAUCAGGGCAAUUUCUCAAGAUCUGGUCAUCUCUACCCUGAAUGCAAAAGCAAAUAAAUCACAUGUACAACUUUGUUGGCGACCAAAACCACCCCCCCCCCCCAAAUGAACUUUUGAAAUUUCAGUGGCAGAAAUGUUUGAAAUUUGUUCUUUUUAGGUUGAAAAUUUAUUGGAUGAGAAAGAUUUCCGAGCUCCUGUAACAAGGCAAGAUUUUGAAGAGCUGACUAAAGAUCUCAUUGAAAGAGUUACCAAUCCUAUUGAAGAGGCUCUGAAGGUGUCUGAAAUAACAUUGGUAUGUUUGCUUGUCUAUAAUAAAUGUUCUAGUGUAGUAGAUAACAGCUGACCACUUUGACACCAGUUCUUGCAUAGACAUGCAACAUUUUAUCCUCUUAUAAUUUUUUACCUUCUUAGAUUACGAUUUUGUACAAUGCUCCUAAAUAUCAGUGAUAACUUGAGUACAAUUUUGACCAAUGCUCCUAAAUAUCGGUGAUGAUUAGUUGAGAUCCAACUCCUAUUUAAACAAUAUGAUGAUUUCAAAAUCUGAGAUAUUUAGAACCAUAUACACAUAUAGCUGAUGUUAGUAAUCAGUUAAGUGUAACUAAAUACUUUUAUCUUUCUCAAACCUCAUUCAUAUAAGGGGUGCAGGGUAUAAACCCACAAACAAUCAAAUGCACUAAGGUGUCCACUCUUUUUUAAUAUCUUUUAUGUUUAUCACUAAACUACUUAAUACUAAUAGAAAAUAAACCCUGAGUCCCAUAUAAGUAUAGAUGUCCUGAGAGUAAAUUGGACAGGGAAUCUCUGUGAGCUAUGUAAAAUGAAUAUGACCUUAAUCUUUCAACAGUGAGUUCAAAUCACACCCAAACUGACUGUUGGGUCAUUUUUAUCAUCUAAAUAAGCUUUUCAGCCUUAGUUUUUUAUAAAUAGGAAUAAUUUGUUAGUUAUCCCCCUUAAAAAGACCCAAACCUUCUGAUUCAGAUUUAUAUUAAUUUUAGUAGAUGCUUAUCAUAUCAUUCUAGCACCACAAAAGGAGCCAUUGGACCCGCAUUGGGCGGUUAGGACAGUUUAUGGGCGAAGUUCUAGCUGAAUACUGUCUUUUUCAAUGUCUUUGUUUCUAUUCUCAUAGCCUGAAAUUACAGAAAUCAUCUUAAUGGGUGGUGGUACCCGCAUGCCUAAAGUACAAGAGCUUCUCAUGAAAUACUUGGGAAGGUAUAACUUGAACGCAUUAUUUUUUUUAAAAGCCAAAGUCUUGUAGAUACAGAUGUCAUACCAUUUUUAAAGUCAUCAAACCAAACUUGACACUUGUAUCUUGUGUAGUCAUGUGGCCUUAAAUGUUUAGGUUUAUUCAAACUUUAAUUUUACAACUUUUGCUAAUUGGUCCUUGAUUCAUUUUAUUUCUUCUAUUUUUUAUGAUGAUCUUUUUUAUUUUUAACUUAUUAACCCUUGAUGUAACAAAAUUGAAGAAAAAGAGUUUGAAUCAGAUUUAUGAAUUUUACUUUUAAAAGCGCCUUAUUUUUCUUGGCUGAUUUCAUUUUAAAACUUGACCGCCAGAACUGAGUUAGGUAAAAGUAUCAACACUGAUGAAGCAGCUGCAAUGGGAGCUGUGUACCAGGCAGCCUACCUUGGCAAGGGAUUUAAAGUCAAGAAAUUUGGAGUUCGAGAAGGAAACAUUUACCCCAUAAACGUAAGCUAACGUAAGCUAGUGGUGUUGUAAGUUCUUAGGAUUGUUUGUACCUUUAUUAGAUUGGAUGAAUUAAAAGCAUUUACCCUUUUAACAUCUACUCAAGGUAGUGAUAUUGCUAAAGUACUGUGCGGAUUAGAAACAUUUACCAUAUCAACAUAGUAUUUUGAUAAUAUUCUUAUCUGUAGGGCCCCUACAUUAAACUUAUUGUUUUAAUUUGUUGUCAACAUUUUAUUUAAUUUGUGUUUUGUUUUCAAUUAAAUUUUUUUAGAAAAUUUUUAUGAUUUCUAUAACUUGACCUUCUACUUCCUUAGCGCCCGUUUUCCUGUCCCAAAUUCCCACCACCUCCUGUUUACAAAGCCGAGCAGUGGUUGGUCCGGCCCAAUAAAUGUUCUUUUGGGCCAUUUAGCGACUUAACUACCUUACAUUUAUCCGCUAAAAUUCACUGUCGCACUUUCCAAGCUAAUUCGCAAUUAGCUGCUAAGCUUAAUAGACUAGAAAGCUUUCAUCAUGAUACACUCUAACAGUUUGAAGUAGUCUUUAUUAAAAUUUAUGUAGAAAGUGGUAAAAUUUUAUAGUUCAAUAUAUAUCAAAACUAUAGAAAUCAAUUCUAUUGCACACAGGUUGAGAAGUUUUUGAAAAUGCAACUUAUAAUUUAAAUAUUCUUCUCUAAAUAACCUUGUUUAUUUUUUAUUGUGAAUUUAACAUUUAAUUCAUUUUUUUUUAUUUCAUAAAAAUUAAAUAUCAUUGACAUCCCUUUAAAUAGCAUUCCUUUUUAAAAAAUAUCAUUCAAAUUUCAAAGCAGAGAUAUUUCCUUUUGCUUAGACAGGAGGAUAUGUUUUUAUUUAAGUAGAUUACGCAGGAAUUGGUUAACACCACUUUACAACUUGUGAGAAAAUAAAAUUACUUCGUUUAAAUUGAGACCACAGUUCAUCAAUCACAGAAUCAAUGGAUAAUAUUGUACUUGGUUAUUAAACUUCAAUGUGUGCCGUCUUGCUAACAAUGCAUUCAGUUUUAUUCAAUAUCCAUUACCUCGGAAACUUUUUACUAACUUGAACGAAAAAAUUUGCCUUUAUUUAAUUUGACAAUACAUUUUGUGUCCUACGGGUAGAGUUUGUCAUAAUACUCUUUGUGUCCUACAGGUAGAGUUUGAGAGACAGAAGUCUGAAGAUGAUGGCAAAGAGGGAGGCGAUAAAUCUAAACUUAUCAAGCGUACUUUAUUCGGUCGUAUGAACCCAUUUCCUCAGAAAAAAGUCAUGACUUUUAACAAACACACCAAAGACUUCAGUUUCAGCGUCACUUACAGUGGGUUAGAGUUCUUGACUGAGGAUGAUAGAAGGUUAGUUUCCAUGAAAUACUUAAUGGUAAGGCUACACCCUGCCUGUGGUGAACAGUGCUGGAAAUCUGCUUGAUAGCUGUUUUUUUUUUACUGAUAAAAAUCUAAUUUCUUUAAAAUCAUUAAUUUUAGCAGUAAAAUGACACAGUAAUCCACUAUUUUUAUAUAUCUAUUAUAUUUAGGAUUGUUUAGCUAUGUCUUAAGUUUUGUUAGUAUUAAUCCAUACCCCCCCCCCCCCCCCCCCCCUGGUCUGGUCAAGAAAGUAGGGGAAAUAGGUGACAUUAGUGAACAGACUCUCUGUUAUUUAUAUCUAACCAUUUAACUUCACUUUUCAAUUUGUUUUUGUAUUUUAGAUCAUUUGGCACCCCACUCAUUAGUAAAUUUAGCCUGAUUGGCAUUGAAGACACUCUGAACAGAAAUAAGGAUAAAGAGCCAAAGGGUAUUAAAGCACAUUUCCAAAUGGAUGGCAGUGGUAUUUUGACAUUGGACAGGGUAUGUCUUGAUGCUUGUUUAGCUAAUAAAUACUUGACACAUGAUUGUUUAGCUAUUAAUUACUUGAGCACAUGAUGAUGGAUUGAGAUCCAACUCCUAAACAAUUAUGAGGAUUUCAUUGUCUGAUUAUUUCAAUUCUGAUAUAUAAUUCUGAUAAAUAUAAAGUUAAAAAUCUAAUUCGUUAAAUGUAAGUUAUUUCCUGACAUGCUUUGCACCACAUAUAUCUUGUUAUGAGAACCAAUGUAUGGACCCUCAAAAUAUUCAAUCAUUUUUUCACUGCUGAGUCCAAUAACCCAUGCAUUUUCCCCAACAAUGCAAUUACUGCUACCAAUAUAAACUAGGUAGGAUAUGAGGCUUAACAGAAAUUUGAUGCACAUUUAUUGGGAAUUUUUAUUUUGUAUAUUCUUUAAAGGUAUGAAGGCAUUUCAAAUGGUAAUAUGUUUCAUUUUUAGGUAGAGUCUGUGUUUGAAAAGAAUGGUACUGAUGCAGAGGAAAAAUCUACUUGGUCGAGUAAGUUAAAAAUUGUCUUAGCCAGAGUAUAUUGAUUUUGUAACAAUUUUUAGUCAGGAUUUUAAUGUCAUCAGCUGAAACUUAAUUAAUGGGUUUUUAUCCUUUUUAUUUAAGAUACGAGUCUUGGAUUAUUCAUAAGCUGAAGUAUCAAGUACAAGCAUGUGUACUUAUAGGACAUAGUUGACAACUUAUUCUUUAUUCAACUUUAUUCUUGGCACUGAUGUGCUCAAUUAUCCUUGACUUGAAUUCAUCCAGUCAUUGAACUAAAGUUCAUUUGGUUUUGUCUAUUCAGGGUUUGUUGGUCGUCAUUAUGUCAUGUGUGAUGCUAUUUUCUCUAUUCAGAGCUAGGAAGUGCCAUUGGAGGACUUUUUGGGGGUGGUACAGCAGAGGAGGAGAAUAAGGUGGAGGAUUCCCAGGAACCAGAGGUCAGUUUGUUGUUUUUCUUGUAACUUUCUUAAAAUUCAUAGAACUUUUUGAUGUUAGUGGAUAUAUGGUGUACAGGAUGUGUUUUUUCAAAGGAUUGGAUGGAAUAAUGCUUUGUAUUUGCUAAGUGGCUGCAUAAAUUAUUUUUGUAUUUGCAUGUUUUAAUAAUUGUAGACUAGCUGUCUCAUCCUGUUUAGUGAUUAGUUCAUUAGAUCAAAGUUCAACAGAAAUUAGUAUGCUACUUGUCAGCCCUAUGACACAAUGGCCUGCUUCUUUAAGCAAAUUAAUUUGCGGGUCUUCCCCAGAUAAUGGGACAAAGCAAAGUGGUAUAGACUUAGUUUGCUUUGUAAGGCAUUUCAAUUUUUAUUCCUAUUGGAUUAGCAAAUAUUAAACACUUGGACUAUGUUAAGGUAGAACACUUUAAAGUUAUUUUUCAUAGACAACCAGGAAUCCCGUUAUCUAACCUAUCUUUAUAAUGCUGAUAUUGACCUAUGUGGACCUAUGUGUUUGAUUUUCUAACUUCAGGGACCAUGCUGGUAAAUUCUAAGGAACAAAUAACUUUUCAAACUUUCUGUCCUUACUUAGAGGGAGUGUUUUUUUUAAUUGUUUUUUUUCUUGUUCUUUCCCCUGAUUUUCUUUGUAGAUGACCUUAUAAUUUUUGUUAAUGUCUUUUAAAGAUAUUACUUGAAGGCAUUGGUUUUUAUUUGAGCAUGUCCAUUAUUCUUUGAGUCCGACCAAUUGAUUCCUUGAAUGUUGCAUGCUACAGCAGCCAGGUGAUGAGGAGAGCUCUGCUGGAGGUGCCAGUGAUGACACUGACGGCACUGCACCUAAGGAAGGGGAGGAGAGUAAAAGUUCAGCUGAUGAGAGCACGGCUAAAUCGUCAGAAAGUCAGCCAAAGGUGUUUUAUUUAAUCACCGCUUCUCUUUAUUGUAACAACAUAGAAAAAUCUUUAUUAACACGUCUAGACUUGCAAAUCACGGCUACACUUAGAUUCAGUGUUUUAUAUUGGCUUAUUUUACAAUUAUUUUAUAUCUGCACGCAAUAUGACCUUUAAUAUGGUUUUAUUUAAUCUCAAGACAAUCUGACAGAGAUUUCUGAAAACUUUCAAAAACUCUACAGCUGACUGUUUUCUUUUUCUAAAUGAAUUUUGUAGCAAAAAUAAGGAUCCAGAAUUUUCUUUCAUUUUUAAACAAUGUCUGUUAGCAUGAGGGAAAUUUAGUGGAAAUGCCAUGUACAAAUGGAUGUGGUAUUUUGUAAUAAUAUCUUACCCUCUUCUUCAAUUGCUUGAUAAAAAUGUCGAUAUAUUGAUCUAUUGCUUUAUUAAAAUCAGGAACACAGGUUAUAUGUUAAAUCUCUAGUCUCCCAGGGUACAUGUCAGAUCUCUAGUCUCAAAUCUGCAUUUGAAGAUGUCUGUAACUGAAGCUGAUCAAAUAGUAGUUGGAUUCUGUUCUAACAACUGACCACCUGGCAUUAAUUGAACAGUCUAACAAAAUACCACCUAAAAUUAAUUGACCAUUCUAACAACUCUUACUAUGUCCUUCAUUUUGUGAAAGAUUUUUAUAAAAAUAAUGUAAAUAAUUCAAUGCCAGUUAUGAGUCGUUAGCUUUGUGUUGGUUUUGACUGUGAUCAACGCUUUGUCACAAGAACAGUGGGCAUUUCUGAUUAUGAGUGAAUAGAGGUUUAUUUGUCUAAAAAAGUAAAUGUUAAAGUUGACAAAUUCAGCAGUUUUUCUGUGUUGUAAUCCAUGGGGGAAAUGUUGGUCUCCUUGUCCCCAAUCAAUUUUUAUUGACAAGAAUCAUAGCUAUUCUUUGAAAAACUUGAAAAUUUAGCUAGGAUAGAAAAUGAUCUGAUGCUCAAUUUUGAGAAUAAUGUUGGACGUUUCUCAUUGGCUAGGAUGAUCAGACAGAACAAGCUGAGGAUAAAACUGAAGAGGGAGAAGGAAGGGACCAGGAGAAGUCAGCAGAUCAAGAAGUCAAACAAGAGAAAGAGGAAACAACGACUGAAAAACCUGGUGAGAAAACACAGACCGAGGACAAGCAGGAUAAGAAAGAUAGUCAAGAUGAAAAGGUAAGCCUUUUUGUCUCCUCAUUUUAAACAUAUUGCCAUUUAAGAACAAAUCUUCACAUUUGAAGAACAUCAUAAAAUAGUUUUAAUAUUACUUUGUGAAGAAACUUUUUACAGUUGUUAGGAAAAAUUAAACAUUUAUUAAAGGAAAAGAUAAUUAUGCUGAUUAUUGAUGGACUGCAAUAAUGCCUGUGAAGGAAAUAGUAGAACAUGGUAUGUGGCAUCUUGAAUCAAAAGUCAGGACAAUAAGAUGUGAACCUUUCGUCUAAGAGGCUUUCUCAGCAUAUCUUAUUGCCAAAUCUUUUGAUUCAAGUUGCCACAUAAUUUGUUCUACUAUUUCCUUAUUAUUUCAAAUGAUUUCGCUUCUAUUCUUAAUUUUUAUAUGACGCACGUGUUGAUGUAAAGGUUAUAUUACAGUAUGCGUUAAAUCUAGCAGUAGUGAAAUCCCACAUCUUGAACGUGUACUUUCGUUUGUCAACAGUCCAUAGCUCCAGCUACCACGUGACCAUGUGUAAUUUGUAGGGCAGUUGUAAAUAAUGGGUCUCUCCAGAACAAUAUUUUCGCGCAUACAUUAGUGAUGUUUGAAAAAAAGGUAGAACGAUUCCAUGAGAGAUUUAAAAUUUUUUUAUCUUUAAGUGAAUGGGACUUUCGUAAAAAAAAAACUCAGCCCUAUUCAAAUCUGGUUCCUUCUACACCAUAGCGAAAAAAUUCCCACAAUACAUCAUCCGAAUUAAACUCAAAUCAGCAAACUGACAUUAUUUAGGCCGUUUCCUUAUAUACCUACAGGGCCUUCUGGAGCACACUGUAGAAAAAUUAACAUUAAAUUUGCUGUUCGACCAGACUGACUUUCUCUUCGUUAGCACAAUACAUUUUCAUAUUGGCUAAAUUCUUAAAAAUGGAUAGUAUAACUAUUACAGUCAUCCCUCGUUCAUCGCGGUUAAUCAGUUCCAGACUCUAUCGCGAUAAGUGCAUUUUAGCGAAGUAGGAUUCUUUAUUUAUAAAUAGAAUAUUUUUGUACUUAGAGCAUAGAAAACCUGAUAAGACACGAUUAUUUUUGUAAUACAUCGGCCUACGCUCCAUACAUAUAAUAAUUUUUAUUGUAACACAGGGAUUUAUAAUUGACUAUAACAUUCAUUACAACCUCCUCAGCCUGAAGGCACAGAGAAAACAGAUGAUACUGAGCAAAAAGUGAACCAAACCAAAGAAAAGGGGCCCAAAAUUGUCAGCUUCAAAGAAAUGAUCAAAACAGAGGAGGAAAUCUUAGAUGUUAGAAAUAUCUCUCAGGACAAAUUUGCAAUUGCUAAGAAGAGGUAACUAUAUAAACUACUUCAAUUUGUCAGGACAAAUUUGCAAUUGCUAAGUGCUAAGAAGAGGUAAUCUAUAAAUUACUUAAAUUUCUUUUUUUUAUUGUGUUUUUUCCAAGUGGAGCCGGGACUAUCCAUGUUGUUUUAUUUUUGCCCAAUUUUUCUCCAUUUUGAACUAUUUGUUUAUUCCUCAUCAUUCCGAUCCGGUAGCCACAUGGGCAUGUCCCCUUCAGCCUGAGGUCAUGGUGAAGAAGUUUUUCUUUCAAUAAGCAACUCUUUGUCUUCUUUUUAAACUAUUGUCCUAUCCAUCUAAAGUUUGACUUUUAGUCCCCAUAUGAUCAGUUUUGUGAUCUUUUUCAGUUGAUCAAAACUUAUCCAACCAUUUUACAUUGUAGACUCACAGCUGACAGCAACUGUCUCUUGAUAAAUUAGUUCUCUUUGUCUCACAACCAUUCAUAUAAAGAGACAAGCAUUAGUAGGUUUGUAGAAGAAGACAAAAUGUGGCCCUUUUGACUGUUUCCUAUUUUUCUUGUUGAGGUUGUCUGAGCUGAGGAGAGUCGACAAAGAGAAAUCAGAGCUGGAGAAAUCCAAGAAUGAAUUGGAGGCUUUUAUCUUUGAAUUUCAAGACAAACUGAGUCGAGACUUUCAUGAGAAAUGUUCAACUGAGGAAGAGAGGGAGAAAAUAAGAGGCCAGCUUUCUGAGGCAUCUGAUUGGCUGUAUGAUCAGCCUAUAGAAACCAAGAAAGCUGUAAGUAUACUUAAAUCAUAAUUAAAGUCUUUCACAGAUAUUUUUAAAGUACUUUUUCCCCACAAUAUUUGAACAUAAUUAGACUUUGGCUGAUAUUAAUUUUAUGACCAUUUCCUCAGGAUUUCACAGCUAAAUUGAAGUCACUAAAGGAACUAACUAAAGAACUAAGCAGAAGAGUCUAUGAAUUAGAGGAGAGACCAAAAGCUUUGGCUGCCUUGAAGAGUGCACUCAAUCAAACCAUUGUCUUCUUGGCUACCAUUAAAAACAUCACUGACAUUGAUGACCCGAUAUUUACUCAGGUUGAGCUGGACACGCUGGAGAAACUUAUUAAUGAAACUAAGGUGAGUUAGAAUCUCGAGAUUUAGAGCAAAUGUUAAUCUUUAUUCUCAAAGCAUUUGGCAAAUGCAACACCUGUAACAAAAAGCUCUCCAUGUCUGUAAACCUUUACAAUGUGAAGACUGUAGUGGUUGAUGUUCUUGAUUAUGAUAAAUUUAUUGAAACUAAUGGAUAAAGUAAUAGUGAUGAUUUUAUAGUUGAAGAUACAUCGGAAACCAGCCUAUAAAAUCAAUACUAUUACACGUUUGUAGAUAAUAAUGCUAGCAGGCUACGGUGACGCUGGUGACUUUCAUUGAAUUUUUGAAAAUGCAUGAUAGACAUCUUCAGAUAUCAUAAUGAAAAGGUUCUUCUCUUAACGCUCUUGAUACGGCUGGGCCGAUCUAUCUAAUAACCUUAUUAAAAUAGUAAUUAUAACAUUUCAUUAAUUUUUAUAUUUAAUACAUGUUGAAAUAACAAUGAUGCUUGUUUUAUAUUUGAUUUAUUUAUUUUUAAAGCUAUGUAUUUUAAAACAAACUUAUGCUCCUUUGCUUUGGCUGAAGGGCAAGUUUUCAUUUAAGUAGUUUGGUCAGGACUGGCUUCAGAUUUGAAUAAGGAUUAAAUAGUGCUAACCACUGUUUUAUUCACUCUUUUCAUUGAAAAAAUUAUUUUUAAAAAAAGAUGAUUAUCAGAGGAAUCCUCUAAUUUUUGGGAUGAAGAGAUUCUUGUGGUAGUGUUAUUCAUUUUUACUAGAUUUGCCGUACUUCAUCAAUCAAUAUGGAGAUUGGUGUCUCUUAGAAUUCUAUAGAAACUGUCAUGAUAUAAUUCCAGCAAUGGAGGGAUGACAAUGUACAAGCCCAGAAAAAACUGAAGCCAUAUGAGAAUCCGGCCUUUAGAGCGGAAGAUGUUGGAAUUAAGAUAGCUUCACUUGAUAGGGAAAUGAGAUAUCUCAUCAACAAGGCAAAGGUAAAAUAGCCCUUUUGUGACAUCUCAUUGAACAAAUUUAAUUUCUUUAGUUUUUAUAUUCAAGAAAACUCCUUGGUCGGGGUAUUUAAAUUAUGUUAUAGUUUUCUACACCUGAUUUUCUUUGUUGAAUGUCUACUAUCAUCAACUCUUUAGUUUUCACCUCAAAACUGACACACUUUAUAACAUAUUAAAAACAUAUUUGGUCAGGCGUCUAGUAUAAUUUAAGUUAUUUUUCUAUUCACUUUUAUCAAAUCACAAUGUAUUAUGAUAGAAAACAUAACACUCAUACAUUGAACUCAGUUUCCAAACAAGAAAAUUGAAAACACAUAACUCUUGCUGUACACGCUUUCUCUAGAUUAUAAUCUAUUGAUAACCUCUAGAUUAACAUGCAUGGGGAUCUGCUAACUAGAAUCUAUAUAUAAGCGCCAGCUACACAUGCAUGGUAUUGUUCUAACUAGAAUCUAUAGAUGGGAAGAAUAUCUAACCUACUUUGGAAAUGUUCUUUCUAGAAUCUAUAGAUGAUAAGAAAUGUUGUUUGCAUGUUACCCAGAACUUUAAGCCCAAACCUAAGCCUAAGGAAGACAAAAGCAAAAAGACAGAAAACUCUACAGAGGAGACUGUGACCAAAUCAGCUGAUGAAACCCCCACUACACAAGAAACAUCGGAACAAGGUCAGCUCGUUGGGUUGUUCGAAUCAGUUUUUUUAAAUAGUUUUCUAACAUUGGUCUUUUUGACCACCUUUUGUUAGGAAGAAAAAAGUCUUGUUUUGUUACAUGGGUUUUAAGGUGGUCGGUGGGUCAGUCAACAUUAAAAAAAUUAUAUUUCUUAAAUUAGAAACACGAGAUAUGGUACAAACAAUACACAAGUAGAAAGUCAAAAGAACAUAGAAGUUCUUUUUUUUUUUAUACCAAUUUUGACAUUCAAGCAAAAUUUAUUGCCAUAAAUUGCUUUUGCAAUAUCAUAAUGAAACUUAAACUCUCCCAUUAAAGAUAUUAUUGUCAAAGCACUGGGGACAAACCCACCCCCGCCCCACCACAAUUAUAGGAAGAGCUACAAAUGGCACAUGCAAACUUGCCAAAUUAUUGGUUCAUUAGCAUGUGUAAAAAAAAUAAUUUAAAAUUUUCUGUUGAAUAGAUAUAAAAAAGCACAUAGAAUAUCAAUGGAAACGGCACCACCUUAAAAGAUCAAUAAUUAUAUUUUAGUUAGUGUUUAUAGUUCAUCUUCUCAAUUCUGUUUCCAAAGUUUUUUAAACUUAUAUUUUUUUUUUUACUCUUUGGCCUUUUGCAAUUCAAUUAGAAGAAAUUCCUCCAACUGUUGAAUCAGACACACAGACAGACCAACAAGACACACCAACAACACCUGAAGACACAAGUCCCCUCCCAGACAAACCUACGACAGACAGUGCCUCCAAACAAGAGAAAAAAUCUCCAGACAGCCAGUCUGGGGCAAAAACCAGCACGGGUAAGAAGAAGCCAAAGUCCAAACGAAAGGAGAAAGCAGACCAGUCAGAAGAAGAAGUCCUUCAACUAGGUGAACAUUUCAUAUAGUAUUAGUUCUAGCUAUGUAUUGAUUGGACAUUUCACUUAGUAUUAGUUCUAGCUAUGUAUUGAUUGGACAUUUCACUUAGUAUUAGUUCUAGCUAUGUAUUUAUGUUUGACAUAGUAUUACUUCUAGGUAUUAAUUGAUUGGACUGAGCAUUUUUUUUUAUACCUGGAAGCACUUUAAAAACGGUUAUUCUCUACAGAAGUUCAAUAUUUUUGUAGAAUAAUUCAGCAACAUUGAAUCUAUUAGAAACCAGAGUUAUGAAGGAAGGGAUAACCUUUCUUUCCCAUAAAAAGCUCUUACAAAGUAUGUCAUUAUUUCUCACUUCAAUACUCCGCUACUGUUAAUAUGAUCAGUCAUUUAAUGUAAACAUCACCCCAACCAGCAUGUUACAAAAAGUUCUUCAAAUAAAAAGUUCUUCGAUAAAGUCUCUCUUUUCCCACUACUUCAUCUAGAUAUGUAUACAUAUAUAUGCCUCGGAAGCCAUUCGAUGAAGUGUCAAUAGCUACUCCAUCAUCUAGUGAAAACGGAAGGAUGCCAUGUAUAUAAAAUUAUUCAUAAAUUCAAGUUCUUCAUACUACCAAAAAUUAUUCUUUUCACAACUCCUUUUUUUUCAACAACAAGAUUUCUAAUUUCAAAUUGGAUAUUGUCUGUAUGCUAUGCAUUUACAAUUCUAUGACUUAAUUAAAGGUGGCAUUUGGUUAAGUUUUAUCAAAGCAAAGUUUUUGUGCUCCUUAUCAGAGCAUGAUGAUAAUUGACUAAGUAACCUAUUCAUACCUCCGUCAACUUUUAUGCAGCCUUAAAUAACAAGCAGUAAGUCGACAUUAUCUACAACUCGGCUCAUAUUUUCUUUAAUCAUUCCAGAUGCUGGUGAUGAAGUAGACAGCCCAGAAGAACAAACAACACAGUCAGACGAGCAUGGAGAAUUGUAACGAUAGUUCUAACUUAGACUCUCACAAACUAUAUGCUUUAAUAGCCUGUCCUAUUGAAAAGUUUAUUUUAUCAGUCUACUGAUAAAAACCUGAGUCAGCAAGAUUAAUUCAUCAUCAUCAUUGUCCAAUUUCCUGUGCAGUUCCUAAUCUGCUCUGUACGCUGCGGAACACUUCAUUCUUUAGAAAAAAUAGUUGCUCUGAUCCAAAAAUGUUCUCAGUGUUUUAAAUACGUGAAUUUUGUGUCAGCAUAUGUAAAAUAAGGACCACUUCAUUAUUUUCAUGUUUAGCUGAGGUGACGGGGCACCAGUUUACAAAGCUUGUAUACUCUUUGUCCACUGGCACAAUUCUCAAAACCUAUACAAUUGUCUAUCCUGGUAGAAAAUAAAAACCAAAAAAUGUUUGCACUUGUAACUUAAAAACUAUCUCUCAAUCAAUUUAAGACAAAAGCAAAUUCUCAUUUUGAUCUGAUGUAUCAAAGAAAGUGGUAAAGAUAUUGAGAUUCAUCAAUAUUUGUGGCAUUUUCUACCUGAUGGCUCAAACGCCUUGGUUAUUUUUGACAUUUUCAUGUAUUUUUUUCUUGACUCAACUGCAUAUUGCAUUGAAAUACAUUAUUUCAUAUAAAAUUGCUUGUGAUAAGGUUUAUUUAAAUUGAUUUUGUUCUUAAAGUGCGCUGUGGCUUGAUGUUGAAAGACUUUUAAAUUUAAGAUUUUUUCAUCGUAAUAAUACUAUGCUGUAUUUACAACACUUAAAUAAGAGAGGAUAGUUCACCUUUUUGGUUGGUACCAAUCCACAUAGGUAGUAUUGAUUGGACCAAAGCAUUGUUCUAUUUCAAAUAUCAUCUCACAUUGGUGAAAUGCUUAUCUCAGGGUGGAUGGCCUGUAACAUGUUAAGUUUUAAUAAUUACAGUUAUUUAAUUAGUGCUUGUUUUUUACUUAUUUAGACAGAGUGGGGAUCCCUUUGUAGGCAAGACCCAGAUUAUAAAUAAGGAAAUUAGGACUACUGUGAUGAAUCGCAAAUAAUCCUGGGAUUUUAGCUAUCGGUAUUGUAUGGGCUCUUUGUUAUGAAUUUCCGGCUCUUCCUAUUUUGAUAAUGGGGAAAGUCUAGCAAGAUGCCUGGAAUAAAAUUGAUUUUAUUAAAAAUUUGCAUGUUUGCAAUUGAAUAAAAUCUUAGGUUCAACUAAAAAGAUAUUUACAACUGUCUAGGUCAUCUGUCAUUUCUGUAGGUACCGGUUUUCUUAUAAAGUCUCUAGGGCUUCUUUCCUAUCUAUAGUUUUUUUGCCAAUGGUUGAUUGUUUUUUUUCAGUGAGGUCAUCAAUCCUUGAUAAUUUUUCUCUGAGAUGAUUGUUUGACUGAUAUGACUGAUUCCAUUUAACUUCAAUAUACACUAGUUUUUAUUAUGAUAUUUUGUGCAUAUCACUUGAGCAUCAUUCAAUGAUUUAAAUUGGAAGGUGCACUGAAUCCUCGGUGGUCGGGAAGGUGCACAGCAUCCUAAGUUAUAAGGCAGAGAAAAUAGGGGGGCUAUUUUUGGGUAGAUUUGGCUACUGCACCUGCUAUUUAAUAGCUUCCAAGGGUCUGCACUUAAAGCAAGUUUAGAAAUAAACAUAGCUUUCCAAUUAUUUCUAAUUUGUUUGUUAUAAAAUCUGGUAUGGUCCUAGUGAACAGUGAAAGAUAAACAGAGAAAAACGUUUAAAUAACACUUUCAAUAAAUAUAUUUUAUUAUUCCCUUUUUUUGUUGUAUAAAUUGUGCUAUCAACUGUGGCAUUCCUUUUAUCAUUUGAAACUAAACUGGCUUGGCUAACAAUAAUUAUAAACAGAAGUGGUCAGGGUGAAGAUUGCGCUGUUGUGGAAGGUUUGCAAACUGAGCCAACAUGUUGGUCUAAUAACAUUAAUUCUGCUCUAUUUAUUAUGAGGAUGUUGAUUGUCUUGCUAUAGUUUUACUAAAACAUUUUUUUUUUUAAAAUUUCAGUGACAAAAGAUUUUGGUUGAAUAAGAUUAACAUCAGAGUUUUGUCUGAUAUUUCAAAAUAAUUGGAAUUUGUUUGUAUGAAGUUGGUCUGUUUCAGCCAUACCCUAAACUUAGGGAAUUCUUUCUGAAAAAGAUUUCAUAAUUUUCAGAAAAGUGUUCUUAGUGAGUUUUUCCCCUUUUUGUCUGUUAUAGUUAUGAAUUUGACUGCAUUUUAUAAUGUUCUGUUUUGCCAUCCUUGAAUUUUAUUUAUUGGUUAUUUUAGCUAUUGAUUUUGUUGUUUGUUGAAGUGUUGUAAGAGAACUCAAUUACAUGUAUUAUUAUUAUUGAUAAUAAAUUUUGACAUUGCCUAAAAUGAAAUUCUAUUAAACUAUACUUGUUCUAUAACAUGCCUUAUUUAUUAAUUAGAGUUAGAGGUAGUGUCUAAAGUAUUGUGUCCUGCUUGUGAGUUUUCAAGCACAAUCACAAAAAAUUUUGCCAUCUUACAAAAACGUUCACUUCACAAUGUGUCUAAUGCAUCUCUAAAACAAUGCACUGAUUUGUUGGCUCAAAUUGUGAGGGCAUCUUUCAGGAUAUAAUUAACUCAUAUGUGUCUACUGGGUGCUUCAUAGCAUUUUUUAAAAUAACUUCUGGUACAAC